AUGCCGCCUCAUCACCCUAAGGUGCCGCCGCCUCCAGAGCCGAGCCGGAAAUUCUUCGAUCCAUUCAAUUCGUCGUCUACAGGCCACCAGCGCGCCGAGAAUCGCUUGUCUGGAAGCACGUCGUGGCGGGACUCGCGCACCUACAAGCUCCUACACCAACUUCGCGACUCCAGCGGCCGAGGUGGCGAUGGCCAUGUUGCCGAUCUGGUAGGCGCCGGCAGCGAGAAUUUCGGUAAGGACGGACGCAAGGAGAACGGAGGGUGGGAAGUAGGUGCGCCGGGGCUGCGCGACAAGGGAUGGCAAGACAUCAGGAGCCUCAUGGACGGCAACCGCAAGCGAUCAAUCAAGAGUCUACCCGUAGAACAGGAAUCAUCAGACUCCCUACUAUCCAAGCGGCCGAGGCUAGAGCCAGUAUCAGAGAGACCUGAGGAGACCAGCAGGUUACCUUCGCCAUCACGGCCACCGGCGAUGGAAACGGAAACUCCUCAGAUCUUUCGGAAUUUGAACAUCUACCUGAACGGCUCGACGGCGCCGGUCAUCUCGGACCACAAGCUCAAACAACUCUUCGCCCAACACGGCGGCGGCUCGUCCAUUUCGCUGGGCCGCCGGACCGUCACCCAUGUGGUCGUGGGAGACAGCUGCGGCGGUGGUCUGGCGUCGGGCAAGAUCCAGAAGGAGGUGGCCUUGGUGGGUGGCAAGGGCAUUAAAUACGUUACGGUGCACUGGAUCCUCGACAGCAUUGAAAAGGGCAUUCGACAAUCCGAAGCAAAAUACGUGCCCAAGCAUCUGGAAGGCAAAAUCGGCGGCAGCGGCCAGGCCAGUGUGCGAGAGAUGUUUCAAUCAAAGACGAAAUGA